AUGAGCAAAGAUUCAUCCGUAACCCACCUCCACAUGCACCAGCCUCGACUGGCCGACCUCUUCGAAGAGUUCACAAAACCACAUCUAUCGGCCGCCACGAUCGCCUCCGGCUCUGCGCAGAACUUCGGUCCACCACCAGGAGGCCAUCAGCCCGGCAAUGCCAACGCAGCAACAUACGGAGCUGCCUCACCUGCUACCAUACCUUCCUUCCUCCCCAUUGAAGACAUCUACCUCCAGCCGCAAUAUCAGCCACCAAACCCCGAGGACGAAGACGACGUUGUGCCGGAUCAACAUGCGGCGUUUGGUAUCGCUCGGGCAAUGGAGCGGAGACGAGAAGCCGUCUGGAGGGAUCUCGGACUGGAGGCUUUGGUGAAUGGCCAUGGCCAUGGUGGAGGUGGAAUAACGACCACGACUAGUAGCAGUGGCGCCGGGGGCGUGAUUUCUGGGCCGGCGGCCACUUUGCGCGGGAGUAGUGGCGGUGCGGCGGCUGCGUCGUCUACUGCGGUGCGAGUCCGCAAUGCAGGCAGGAAGAUGGGGGGUCGUCGGGUGAUCAGUCUGCGAUGA